GGCGUCCCCGCCCGGCCGGGACGAGGCGAGGCGAGGCGAGGCGGAGGCCAGGCGGGCUGGAGCGCGGCCGGAGCUCGGGCAGGCAUUUUACAUUUAAAUACAAAUGUCUAUCAAAGUAAUGGGAAUGUGCGUGUCAUGUCCUUAAGUUUAUAUGCCAACAUCAACUUCACAGAUAAGUGAACACAGCACACGUCUAAGCAUGCAGUCUGCUAAUAUGCUUCUGAAAAAAAUUGUAAGAAGUUCCGUCAUUCCAUUUGCUGCACAACAUGGGAUGAAAAAGGAUUUGUUUCCACUCAGCAGAACUCUGAGUUUAUCACUUGGCCUGAAGCAGGACAAUUCAUGCAGUCCCGAAGGAAAACUAGAUUUAGAUGCGUGGAAGAAAGUAAUGAAGUCUGGGUUUCAAGAAGAAGUCAGUGAGACGGUCUCUGAGCAUAAGGAGCUUUCCACUUUGGCUGCUGCACGUGAGAUUAUAGACAUGUGGAGACUAGCUGGCAGAUCGGUUCCAGAAAAUAUCAGUGAAGAACAGCUCAAAACCUUUGUGGAAUGUCCUUCCAAGUCAGCCCAGAAGAAGUAUUUGAAAUUUUUGCAUCUCAAAGAACUGUACAGGAAAAAUGACAAGAGAAAGAUGGAUGAGAAAAGGGAAAGGAGGCUAGAAGCAAAAGAGCACGAUAGAAAAGCUGAUGAGACCAAAAAGAACUCGUUCAUUUGUUUGUGGACGAGCGGUAUGGAUAGAGCAUACAGUUGGAGGGUUGCUCAGUCUAUGAUCUUUGGCCAACCUCUAGUGUUUGACAUGUCUUACGAAAAAGAUAUGUCCUUCCGAGAAACCACAAAUACAGUGAGACAGUUAGUGUUCAGUGAAGCCUGCAAUCGAAGAUCUGUGGAUCCGUUCCACAUCCACUUCUGCAACUUCAAAGAUGACAGCCUCUAUCAUAAGGAAUUUAUCAAGCAUUACCGAGAGGCAUGGAGCAAAUUGCUUGUCACUGUGACAGACCAGUGCUACACAGAACUCUUUCCAAAGGAUAAGCUUGUCUAUCUGACUGCUGAUUCUCCCAAAGUAAUGAAAACAUUUGAUCAUGAUAAAAUCUAUAUUGUGGGGUCAAUGGUUGACAAGAGCAUAAAAACAGGAGUCUCUUUAGCACGGGCAAAGCGAUUGGGGCUGGAGACUGCUGCCCUUCCGUUGGAGAAGUACUUGCUUUGGAAUACUGGUGCCAAAAAUCUCACACUGGAUCAGAUGAUGCAUAUUUUAUUAACCUUGAAAGAUACUGGAGACUGGAGGAAGGCUCUGGAAUUUGUUCCAAAAAGGAAAUUCCAUGGCUUUGUAAGCAAGCCUGUACAUGAACUGAAAAAAACCUUAAACAUAAUCAACACAAUUAAAAUUGGGAAGAGACAGGAAGAAUUGCAAAAGCAAUUUAUGAAAAACUACUCCAAGAAGCUAAGGCAAAAGUAGAGUGAUGGGGACAAGAAAUAAUUUUUUUUUUUUUUUUUCUAGGGGCAAACUGUGCCCUUGAAUGCUCUAGUUGCUCAUGACUUCUGCAGCUAUAGUCAGCUUUUUAAUCUCUAAACCUGCCUUUGUUGGUUAAGUUUGAAAGGACUGUUGUUAGUGUUGGUUUGUUGGGUUUUUUUUAAUUACGGUAGUAUUCUAGCUGUUUGAAGUCAUUCACACAUUACUGAAAUGAUGUAAGAGAAAGGAGAUAAUCUGUUCUAAAAAAUUACUCUGUACAAUGAAUAUCUGUCUGUUCAGUUGAACCAUGAUGGGAGAAAGGUGACUGUAACUGAGUGCAAGGUUCUUGCACUCAGUUCUUUGGAGAAUACCUCAGUACUUUGGGUUUGCAAUGGGUGGACACCAUCCACAGUCUGAAAGGUUAGCGAAGACGAAAUAAGAGACCUUUCUCUGUUACUUCCUGAAUCCUCUUUUGAUGUGUUGAUGAACUGACUUCCAUAGCUGAACUAAAAGAGUUAAACCUAGCAUGGGUUUGGGGAGUUGCGCAGUUUGUUUCUUGAUGUUCUAUCCGGAAUGAUACCAAGACCCUAUUUGGGAGGAAUAAGCCAAACUUCUUGACCCUGCCAAAAAAAAUACCCUGUGCACUGUUGUAUAAAACUUUUUAUCCCUGAGUGCCUGUGUUUUCAGUCCACAUAAUGUGGAUUUCCCAAAGUGCUGGAACUUUUGAGAUGAUAAACAGUCCUAAGAGUAAGUACCCAGAGGAGCAGA